GCGAGUUUUCGCGCUCAACGCUCUUCAUGCCGACGUUCAGUUCGGUUCUCGUAAUCGUGCCGUUCAACCAGGAGGUGGUUCAGUGGUCUUCCGACUUGUAUCGACUAACGUUCCGUCGCCGCUGAUCCCCUAAUAUCUCUUUCCUCUUCGUUCUCCACGUGUCUUCGCCUGAUCUCACCACCAUGUCGAGCGAGUUCCUCGGAAAGCGUUACAAGCUCUACAGCAGCAAGAAUUUCGACGAGUUCAUGAUCGCGCUUGGCGUGGGCAUCGUGACGCGUAAAAUGGGCAGCAGCGUCAGCCCCGUCGUCGAGCUGACGGAGAAUGACGGUCUGUACACCCUGAAGACGACCAGCCCCUUCAAAAACAGCGAAAUAAAAUUCAAACUUGGCGAGGAGUUCGACGAGGAGACCCCGGACGGUAGAAAGGUGAAGAGCGUCUGCACUCUGGAGGGUAACAAACUUGUGCAGGUGCAAAAGGGCGAAAAGGAAACUACGAUCGAGAGGGAAUUCUCGCCCACGGAGAUGGUAGCGACUAUGAAGGUCGAUGACAUUGUCUGCACAAGGGUAUACAAGCUUCAUGAAUAGGAAACAGUUACCAAAGUCCAAGGCGUGCACAACAUCACACAGAUGCUUCUAAAAGUGUUCCGAGAAAGUGUAAAUUAUUGUUUGAAAGCUUAUUUGAACGUAAAUAUGAGUGACGAUGUAUAAUAUUGGAUUACAUUUAUAAGCUAAAUAUUGUAAAAUUCAUGUCAAAGUGCAACUUAAAGAGUACAUACGUUUUUUACGAAAUUACACGUAUUUGAUACGUGUAUGCAUUUAUAAAAUGGAUGUAUCAAAUAACAAACAAUACAUAAAUUAGCCAUCUGUUGUACGCACAUUGUAUUUAUGUAUUAUGUAAUGAGAUGUAAUACCGUCAGCGAAUUAUGUUCCAUAUACAGCGGCAUAUCGCUGUAUUAUCCAUUCUACAAAUAAUGUUUGCUCUUUUUUUCUACGAAUAAUGAAAUACAAUUAAAAAUA